GGGCUGGCCACCUCCCCGCCGCACCACCAGCAUCUGCUGAGAUAGGAGCCAAAGCAUGGAUUUGCAGGGAGGAAAAGCUUUUGGACUGCUGAAGGCCCAGCAGGAAGAGAACCUGGGCAGGAUCAACAAGCAAUUCCUGGAUGACCCCAAAUACAGCAGAGAUGAGGACCUGCCCUCCAAACUGGAAGCCUUCAAGAAGAAGUACAUGGAGUUUGAUCUGAAUGGAAAUGGAGAUAUCGAUAUUAUGUCCUUGAAGCGAAUGCUAGAGAAACUCGGGGUUCCCAAGACCCACCUAGAGAUAAAGAAAUUAAUUAGAGAGGUGUCCAGUGGCUCCGAGGAGACGUUUAGCUACUCCGACUUUCUCAGAAUGAUGCUGGGCAACAGAUCCGCCAUCUUGAGGAUGAUUCUGAUGUAUGAGGAAAAAAACAAAGAACACCAGAAGCCAACUGGCCCCCCGGCCAAGAAAGCUAUUUCUGAGUUGCCCUGACUGGAGGUGGAUGCACAUGUGGUGGCCUGUGGGCCUUCUAAUGACCGCAGCACGGGAAAGAGGAAGUAGCUAUGAGCCAGAGUCAAACUAAAUAAAUAGUGCUCCUACCAGGUCAA